CAGCAAGCAGCAAAGGCCGCUCCCUCUCCGAAGCUCUGCCUCUACAGCUUGGACCAGUCACCAUGGUGAUAACUUCUCUUUCGGUUACAGCAGGAAAAGCUUGUAGGGAAAUGAUUUUCUGUACUGCCAAGCUCUGACUCCGCAGUAGUCUGCAUCAGCAGCACAGUGUCUUGGCAUCACUCCUCGUCCUUCCUCCGGAGUCAUGUGAAAGUGCUCCACGCUGGUUACUCUCGCCGCAGACCGAACCCUCCUUCCCGUCCGCUCGGACGUCCUCGCCCCGGCAGCCGCAGUGGCGUAGUAUCCCCGUCUCCGCUGUCACCUUCCCGGUUCGGUCCGGUUUAUCAACCUGCGCCUCCUUGGCGUACGGAGGAGCCGAGGAUGAGCGAGCAAGGGAAGGGCUCGGCAUCCACCUCCACCGCGGCCCCAGCUCCGGGGUCGGACACCUACAAAGGCUGGCUCUUUAAAUGGACUAACUAUCUGAAAGGGUACCAGAGGCGAUGGUUCGUCCUAAGCAACGGCCUGCUUUCCUAUUACAGGACACAGGCAGAGAUGGCCCAUACAUGUCGAGGAACUAUAAACUUGGCAACAGCACACAUUGAUACUGAGGAUGCCUGCAACAUUGUUCUUAGCAGCGGUGGGCGAACAUACCACUUGAAGGCAAGCACCGAAGUGGAGCGGCAGAGAUGGGUUACUGCGCUGGAGUUGGCUAAAGCGAAAGCAAUCCGCAUGAUGAAUGAUCAAUCUGGUAAGAGCAGCUGUUACGAGCUGCUGCUACAUUCAAAUGAACCAACCGUGACUUUCUUUUUUAAAUGUGGAAAAUGUUUUCUUAAAAGAGUAACAAGCGAACUUUCAGUAUUUUUCAGCAUUAAUCUGUACAACAAAACAAACCACUAUAUUAUAAUUUAAUUUUCUACCAGGCUUGAUCACAUAAAAUAGAUUGUCACUUGUAAAAGUCACAGCUCACUCAAGUUGCUGUUAGUGACGCUUACAUAGAAUACAUGGGGAAAAAGCUAGCUCUGAGUAAAACUGGAGUCCUGAUUGUCUUCAAGUGAACAUUUUGGUCUGCUGGGUGUACCGUCUGCCAUUUUCCUCCUAUGCCAAGCUAUGCUGGUUAGCCCAGAGUGGCAGCUGUUCCCAUGCAUGUACAGAAAAAACGCAUGCAUGCAUAAAGACGUUCACGGAGCCGGCCCUGCUAUGUAUACAAAAGACUGGACAACAAAUCAGAGGGAUGGUAUAUGAUGUCUUAUCAUAGUUCUCCUGAAAAUAAACUUUUAAUU